AAGUUUGAGUAUUUGAUAUUGACACUUGAUUACCAUGAACCUGUUUUUUUCAAAACAAUAAUAAUAGAAUUUAGAAUCAAAUCGAAAAUCGAACAGACCACGUAAGUUUAUCAGUAAUCAAAAGAAGAUAGCAAUGGAAAAACUUGAAAAUAAACCCGCUACUAAUCGGUCAUCACCCGCAAUGGACUGGCAUCGAAAAAUACAAGAAAGGGAUGAAUAUUUUGAAAAAUUAAGGCAGUGGCUGGAUGAAGCACGAUCUUGGUAUAGUUUCUCGGCUGCUGGUUUUUCAAAUCCUCUUUCAGGUGAAGCAAACGGAUAUUCACAGCAAUAUGGGCAGUAUUUGUCCAAUUCAUAUGCUACUUUCUACCAGGCUGCUCCAUUGUAUCAACAUGGAGGCACUACAGUUCCUAACCAACAGGCUCAAACUGGAAAUGCUCCUGCAAACAAUACUAAUUUUAAUGGUGUACCAAUGUAUCAAACUUAUCCAUUUAUGAUACCCCCAAAUCUACUAAGACUUCCAACUACUUUUGAAUUGAAAAUUCCACCAAUUUGGAAAAGAAUUGUAGCUGAGCUAAUUGAUUUUUGUAUUCUGCUGACAUUGAAGUUAGCAUUAACAUUCUUAUUUUUAGAAAGCUUUAAUCUUGGAAAUGCUUUAGACCUUUAUGGUUUAGAUGUCCUCCAAAAAGGUAUUCUAGAAGGGGAAGAUGUAAACUUAUCACUAGCAUUUGAAUUAGUUAUGCUGGAAUUUACUCACAGAUUUUUAGUCUGUGUCUUUGAGACCUAUUUCCUUAAGGGAAAAAUUUGUGCUACACCGGGAAAACGCUGUAUGGGCCUUAUGGUCGUAUCAGUAGAUACAUUAGUUCCGAUUCCCAAUAGAACAGAUGUGGUUACAGGCACUGGUGUGAAACCUCCAGGAUGGCAAAAGGCUUUGAUUCGUGCUAUAUUAAAAAAUUUGAUUGUGGGGUUAUUAUUUCCCCUCUGUGCAACUUUUUAUCUAUUUCCAUGUAAUCGAACAACCUAUGAUAUGGUUUCUAACACUGUAGUUGUUGAGAUACAUCCAGAGUUUUUGGUGUAUCAGGCUUUGUUAGGUCGAUAAAUGGACUCUUUUGUUGAUUUUGACUUUAACAACAUUUGAACUUUUAUGUUUUUAUUACAGUUUUCAUUGUCACAGUAAAGUGGUCUUCCUUAAACAGUUAAAAAGCCAAAUUUGUUUUAUAAACUUGCAUAAGAAAGAAAGUUCGGGUGUUGAUAUAAAUAAUAUAUAAACAUGUGAUCUAGUUUUUUUUUAUACUGGAUCGGCCAACAUGUGUUAUGUGAUAUGCUUUACUAAUUUCAAUGAAUAUAAAUAACAAUGUAUCUUAAAAUAUAUCAUAACAUUUAAAUAUCUACUGUCGAUGCAUGUAGUACCCCAAUAACUACUAUAUUUAUAAAUAAUAUUUGGGGUCCAAUAAAAACAGUGAUAAAUAUUUAGAAAUUCUCUUUAAAAACUUUAGUGCAUUGCACAAUAUAUUUUUUAUAUGUUUAACUGUGAUAAACCUAUUCACACAAUUAAAGAAUCUUUCUGGUGACUAAUGUUUCGUAAUGACUUUAUCCUGGUCUAUGCUUAAUUUCAUAUAGUUAUAUGAAUUUGGAAUUUAUUUGUUAUUUUUAUCAUUGCUUGGUGAAGUUAGUUGUUUGUUAAUAAAGAGUAUAUGUUCUUAA